GGAUUCCACUAUAAGAAGAUAAAAUGACAGUACAACGAGUCAGUUUACGGUUAGACCACCGUACACACGAAAUCAGCCACGAGACCUCGAGGUUUUCCCUAUUGUCCGCGUCCAUCUCCGGAAGCCACUCCGCUGCGAAUUUUUCCACAAGUAAGAGGAGAGACACCAAAGAGGAUAACAUGUCUGUCAACUUCAGAAGCGUUCUCAUAAGCGAUCCCGUGGACGAGUCUUGCGGGGCGCUGCUCGCAGAGUACGGUAUUCCGGUUACCACGAAAUACAAGCUACCGAAGGAUGAGCUAAUCAACGAGCUACAGAAACACGAUGCCCUUAUCGUCCGAUCGGAGACCAAAGUUACGGCGGACGUUUUCGCCGCUUGCCCGCAUCUUCGUGUGGUCGGACGAGCUGGUACCGGCGUCGACAACAUAGAUCUUCAAGCCGCCACACGUAAAGGAGUAAUCGUAUUAAAUACCCCGGGAGGCAACAGCAUCAGCGCUUGCGAGCUAACAUGCGCCCUGAUCUCCACUCUCGCGCGCAACGUGGCGCAAGCCGCACAAUCCCUCAAGGAGGGCCGAUGGGACCGGAAACUGUACUCCGGAUAUGAACUGUCUGGCAAGACCCUCGCCAUCCUCGGGAUGGGUCGCAUAGGCCGCGAGGUGGCUUACAGAAUGCAGAGCUUCGGCAUGAAUAUCGUUGCCUUCGAUCCGAUUUUGAAAGCCGAGACCGCUGCCGAGCUCGGCAUUAGGAAGCUCAAUCUGGAAGAGAUAUGGCCUAUCGCCGACUACAUCACUGUUCACACGCCGCUCAUACCUCAAACCAGAAAUUUGAUCAACGCAACGACGCUGGCAAAAUGUAAGAAAGGAGUGUACAUCGUUAAUGUCGCACGUGGCGGCAUUGUUGACGAAGAGGCUCUCUUGAAUUCAUUGAAAUCCGGCCAUUGUGGCGGAGCGGCUUUGGACGUCUUCGUGGAGGAGCCACCGAAGAAUGCGAUCACUUUAGAGCUCAUUAAACACCCAAAGGUCGUCCCCACGCCUCAUCUUGGUGCCAGCACGACAGAGGCCCAGCAACGCGUAGCGGUAGAAAUUGCCCAACAAUUCUUGGCUCUGUCUGGCAAAUCGACUGAGUACGCAGUCACCGGUAUCGUAAACGCGCCAGUGCUAUCUGCGGCUAUGACGAACGAGAACGAACCUUGGAUAGAAUUAUCGAAGAAAUUGGGUCAAUUGGCCGGUCGCUUCCUCAAAGGCAAGCUGAACACAGUCAUUCACAGCCACACCGUGGGAACUGGCAUGCAGGAAAAACAGUUCAUACACACGGCCGUUCUGGUCGGCGUAUUAACCGGCCAGACGAAGAAUGGCUUGAAUCUGGUAAACGCGCCCACUCUCGCGCAAGAUAUCGGCGUAGAACUACAAGAAGACCACAUCGAGGAUGACCACAAGGCGGUCAUCGUAAAAGUUGGAGAACACAUCAUCAAAGGAACCGUGCGUGACAAUCAGUCACUAUUGCUCGCUUUGGACGACGCCGUCUUUGCCAACGGCAUCGCGCUCAGAGACCACAUUUGUUUAUACCGCGCGAAUCGAGUGCAGGACCUCGCCAGCAUUGUGAACGUUUUCUCAUCGAAGAGCAUCAACAUCCACAAUUUGAACGCUAACGGCAGCUGGGUCAUCAUUCAAACUGAUCAGGAGGUCUCGAUCCAAGUGGACGAGAUCGAGAGCUUUUGAACGCAUCCGCGUGCUUUUCCGAGUGAGGCGUACUGACAAUAAGUGAUCCUUGAAGAACAGAGAGAAAAUGCGGAGGCCCAGCUUUUAAAGAAUCCAGUAUUGUCCAACUGUUACAAAUACGCGGGGAGCUCUUAUGCUACUCUAGAAAUACCCAUCUUUCUAAUUAUUAUGUAAACUCCAUUUGUAAUAUCAUUAUUUAUUAUGCAAUUAUCAAAGUAGGCGAUAAGGAAAAGUGAGGUAAAUCAAUAUUACUAAUACACACUAUAAGUUUUUUUUUUCUUCAGAACGAAAACUGUAAAGAAAUAUAAGACGGUAAAAUAUUCUCGUUUCAUUAUGCACAGCGAUAUAUUAAUUAGUAGACGAGCCGCACUUUUUACACACACGCACGUAGAAAUGUAAAAAAGGAAUAUACAAAGUGCGUCUAUAUAGGUAUUUAUAUUUUUGUAUUAUUAGAGAUUUUGUUAAUAAAACAUCACAUUCUCAAAUCA